CACUGACUUCCAAAAUUUUCUCGUCUUCCAUUACAGUUUGCGAAAAAAAUGAACAGUGAGCCUAACCCAUUUGUUCAGUUGUCAGUGGGACAUACCACAUACGAAAGUAAGAUCCGAUAUCGGACCACUGAGCCUGUCUGGGAAGAAGCAUUUACUUUCCGCAUUCAUAAUCCACUGACUGUGGACCUGGAUAUUGAGGCUAAGGAUGACCAUCACCAAUGCUCGCUAGGCUCAUUUAACCUACCUCUUAAAAAUUUGCUGGAGGCUGAAGAUCUAACAAUGGACCAGCGAUUCCAGUUGAACAAUUCAGGUCCUAGUAGCAUGCUCAAGAUGAAGAUCAUGCUUAGAAUCCUUGGUCUUGAAAAGCGAGACAAGACUCCAGACCAUUCAUCAGCUCAGCUAAAGAAGCAGCCAUCUCGUAGCAAAGAUAAUCGGAAGCCAGCGUCCAAAGUGCCACUGGUCCCCCCCUCAGAGUCAAAUAAGCCCUCUCCCACUGCUCCCGCUGCUGACAGCAUCAAAAAUCCUGAGAAGACAGACAAGCUGGAGAACUACAGCACUGCUUCCCUGAGCCCACAGAGGCCUGCCAAUCUUCAACAAACUGCAUCAGCUAACACCAAUUCCAGCCAGACAGGCUCUCCGUCUCAUCUUUCUGCUAAAGAACCAACUCCGAGUAUUGCCUCUGAUGUGUCUCUACCCUUCGCCACGCAGGAGUUACACCAGAGACUGCGGCAACUCCAAAAUGGAACAACUCUUGGUCAAUCACCGUUGGGUCAGAUUCAACUAACACUUCGGCACAGUUCUCAAAGAAACAAACUCAUUGUAGUUGUGCAUGCUUGCCGUAAUUUAAUAGCUUUUUCUGAAGAUGGCUCAGAUCCAUAUGUUCGAUUGUAUUUACUGCCUGAUAAAAGAAGAUCUGGAAGGAGAAAAACAUCUGUGCUGAAGAGACAGUUAAAUCCAGUCUAUGAUGAAACAUUUGAGUUUAUUGUGUCCCAGGCAGAGGUACAGAAAAGAACUCUGGAUGUAGCUGUAAAGAACAGUGGUGGCUUUUUAUCACGGGACAAAGGGCUUCUGGGAAAGCUCCUAAUGGAAAUGACAGAGGAGGUGAUUAAAGGCUCUACACAGUGGUAUGAUUUAACAGAGGAUGGGACCAGGCACCAACCUCAGGCCUAGAGAAUGCACUAACACAGUGUCGUUACCAUUGGCCACCCAGGCUUUUAGCAGGUUUCUUUUUAAACAAAUGUAUCCCAGGAGCACCAGCAUCACACCUAAAGCUUUGCAAAUGUGCCACUGGAUGCACCAGGUUUCACAAAAGAUGUCACCUUCUCAGUAAAUAGUUUACUGAGUUCUGGCACUGCUUGUUGCAUUUUUUUAAACACUUUUAUUCGUGAAGUAAUUUUUAAAAUUAUUUUUCAUCAAAACAAUUACUGACAUGUCACUCAUGGCUGUAAAGUGGAUAAACUGUGGUGUAUGUACUGACUAUCCUUUGUCAAAAGAAAAUAUCUUUACUGUACAAGACUGUAAUAUAUGGUGUGAGGCAGAAUGUGAAUCCAGGAUUACUUCAGCCUUGUUUUCUGUAGGUUUGCAAUGUAUAACAUGUAAAUACAGCAAGUGUAAUUGCUAUAUUGUUAUGUGUUCUCAGACGUUUGUGAAGGAUACAGAAGGGAGAAUGUUCCAUUUAUUGAAGUAACAAACGUUGCAUGUCUCACUGAGCAAUUGCCUCAUGCUUUUACAGUAGCCUUGCAGCAUAUAGUUCGGCAUUAGAAGCAUGUGCUAUGAUGUGAAAUAUGUCGGCUUUAUUGACUUGUUGUUCAAUUCACACGUCACAUUGUGUACUUACCCAGUGCAGUUGUGAAGAGAUGAAAGCUAUGGAGGCAGAAAUCUGCACUUUACAAUUGUGAAUCUUGAGUAAUAACUAUGGGGAUUUAGUAGUAACUAUUUAUUUUAGUUUGAUUUUGUUUUUGUUUUGGAGAUUUAAGCAUCAUAUUUUUAGUCAGUUCUUAUCCCUGUAUUACUCACUGCCUUCUGUUUUUGUAGUUUUGCCUUGCCCUGGGGAACUCCCAAUGUAUUCACUCAGCGCUUAAUGACCAUCAGGACAAACAGCUUCCCUGAUUCUAGAUCUCCUCUAAAUCUAUUCUUCAUUGAAUUAAUGGGAGAUGUGGCAAUUGCGUGCUUUGUUUUCUUCACCUGUAUACAUGACAUCAAAAAUGAAAGCCUGCGGGAGAGUGUAAAUUGUAUACUGACAGGCAUAAUGUUGGAGUACUAGUACAUUAUAUAUAAAAAUGUAUUAAAACUAUUAAUACUUUGUAGUAUUUCAGAUGUACUGACAUCUUCUAUCAGUGUAUGAAAGUUUAAUUCAACUCAAUUGAAUCAAAAGUUGAAUUGAAGUAAAAGGUUCAAAAACCCACCAUGAAGUAAGUUAUUGUUUGAUUUUGGAUAUUAGAAGAUAUUGUAGCUUUGAGUUAUGGAAGCAGAAUAUUUUUAGGUUUUAUUGUGCUGUGUCUCACGGUUAGUAUGUCAAUGCUGGGAUUGCAAUAUAAUGAGAAUCUCUCUUAAAAGUAUACUGACCUACUAAUCGUGAGACAAUGCACAUUUAAGAUCAAAUCUCUAACCACUAAAAAUGAUUCAGUUCACUUGUCAUUUUGUUUCAUUUAACCAGAAAUUUAAUUGUGUUAUAAUGCUGCAGUGCUGUUUUAUAUUCCAGGCAACUGUUUAGCUGAAUACAUUCUCUCAAACAUUUCUAAACAGAACAGUUAACUUGAUCCUGUGGUAUCGAGAUUAUUGUUGUAUAAGUAAUGUUCCAAGGCAAAAGUGGUAUUAAAUGUAACAAGUAUUGAGUUAUAUUGACAAAAUCUAGGUCAUUUAUAGAAAACCAGAAGGUCAGUUGUUUGUACCUUAAACAAUGUAGUUCACAUUUAUUUCAUUCUUCUUGGUACAGUGUUCAUUUCCAACUAUAUACAGAACUUUUCCCUUUUUUUAAGAAAUGAAAAAUAAUUUCUACAGUCAAGUUUUAAUUCCAUUUUAUUUCAUUUAGAUGAUCUGAUUUUAAACAUUGCAAACAAGAGUUGACUACUUCAUAAUGUCAAUAAAAUAGAAUAAUUAUCUUUUAAAAGUAGUUGCCCCCAGCAUUGAUGAUUAAUCAUUCCUCAGGCGCUCUAGCAUUUCAAUUCAAAUGUAAUGAGGAUUCUUAUUCUUAUCAAGAAAAUCAUAAGCAUCAACAAAAUGGAAUUUACAUGUGCAGUAAUUUUUGUUCACAGAUAAUUCUGUCCCAUUGAAUACAAAAUAAUAUUAGAGAUUACAUGCAAUUGCAUUAAGUGCACUGUGUGACUGGUGUUAAUUCUGUAAUAUUAGUGUUCAGUUCUCAAGAAUGGAAUAAUGCAGCUGAAUCAGUCGAGUCUAUUGUUUCAAGCUACCAUUGUCUGCUCUGUGCAGGUAUUAUUGUGCCUUAAAUAUAAAUGUAUUAAGAUAUUAUGAAAACAAUUUCAUGUUUGAAGAUCAUUAUACUUCACAGAUUUUUGGGGUUUUUAGCUGUUAUAUUUAUGAUAUUUACUUUGCAGAAUUAUUAAUGCUAUAGAAUAAAGUUUCUUUCUUACAUGUUAUUCAUCAGGAUGAAGGCCUCUUUGUUUUACCCAAAUGAUACUGUCAGUCUUUUUUUUCUAUAAUUGCAUAUCCCCAGUGUGUUCUUUUUAGUAUUAUUUAGGACCAUUUACAAUUUGGAAAGUUUGGAAAUUUCACCAUCAACUAAGAAAAAUCUGUUGGCUUGGGGUACACGAUGGACUAUUUUUCUGCUAUCUGUACAUUGACUUGCUUAUGAUUAUAUAUUGUAAAACAUUAUUCGAAUGCUGAUGGAUGGGAAAUUCAGAGGUGAAUAAUUAACGGCAAGGGAGAAAAAAAGCCACAGUCCAUUUUAUCAUUGUUUGGAAACUUAAGACUUUUGACCAUGUUGUUUUCAUUGAAAAAUAUUUUCAAUUUUUGUUUUCUGGCAAUUCCAACAUUCAGUAAUUGAAUUGUUUUUAUGUCAACUGUAAAUGCAAAAGCCAUAUACAGUAAUUAAAACUAUUAAGAAAUGGAUUUGCUUUAUUCUUUUGCAAUUCAAAAGAACAGUUGAAAUAAAAAUAUUAGUUGUAAACGUAAA